GGAGUCUCCCCAAGAUGUCAGCCUCGGUCCCUAAAGGUCAUAACUGGGCUCAAAAGGUGAAGGAGGAGGACAAAGAGGACCCACUGGAUCAGCUCAUCUCUCGCUCUGGCUGUGCUGCCUCCCACUAUGCAGUGCAGGAAUGCAUGGCCCAGCACCAGGACUGGCAGCAGUGCCAGCUACAGGUGCAGGCCUUCAGGGACUGCAUGAGUGAACAGCAGGCAAGGCGGCGGGAAGAGCUGCAGAGGAAGAAAGAGCAAACCAGUGCCCACCAUGGAGAUCCCAAGCCACCUAUCCCCAGAGGAUGGCCCUGCCACACCAGCACCCAAAGAAAUGGGAAGAAGAAAUCCUAA